AUGGUGCUCUCAAUCCUCAUCGCUGCCAUCGUAGCCCCAGGUUUACUUGGCUCACAAGAAGCUAUCCGACAAUCGCAAUCUAAAGAGAAGAGAGAGGAGCACCGUGCCCGUCGCUGCAACCUCAUCGCAACAUGCGUCAAGUCAUCACAUCGCAGCCGAGAGAUAGACGGCCGCCAGGUCGUCUUGAGAAAUGGAAAGCUUUGGAUUGACACAGGCACUGAGGAUGGGAGCCCACUAGGCCAUCCCUACGCUGGAUAUUACCUACCUUAUCCUGAUACUAAUCACGAAGGCCUUGUCACAACAAUCACAGACGUUGCACCGAUCAUGAACUGGGUGUACGUCGACAAAGAGACCGGGGAAGUCAAGUACGGUGUUCGCGCAGAUGCUCAACCAAAUCUCACUGGUCCGUUCGAUUGCACGCGACAAGAUCGACGACUCACAUUCGAUGGCUGGGAAGGAUGGUGCGCGGUCGAAGAAGCGCCAGGUCUUUGGGGUCUAUACUUUGACCUCGGUGACGACGGCCUAAAGUCAAGAGUCGCUCCUGGUACUAGGGUGUUGGAGAUUGAAUUGAGUAGAAAAGAGAAGAGGUUUCAAAAAGAGGCGGACAUUCGACAACAGGAUCAGACGACGAAAAGGGCCGUCGAUGCGAAAGAGGAUGCACCAGUCGAUCAGCCGCUGGCCGCAGAGGCACUGGUAUCGAAGCCGGGGGUGGUCGACGAGGAAGGAAGUCAAGGCAGUGAUAAGCAGGAGUCGUAUAGACCGAUGAAAAUACCGCAGUCUAUCUUUGAGGAUCCACCUCCUAUGGUAGAGUCAUUGGUGUUCAGACCUGUUACGCCGCCACCAGCAUAUUCUCCUACUGUAGAGGAAGAUCCGAGAACAUUGGACUCGACAUCAAAACCAAACGUAGGACCUGCUGAAAUAUCUGGCAUGGGCCAGAUCAAGAGCUCACCAGGCAUUGGAGGUUCUCUGCCUUCUGUCACAACAGAACCUUUGCCUACCGAAGCGCAGUCAACGAGCGGUGAAGAGAGUGAAGUUAUUUUGAAGCAGGAGGAUGUUGCACGGACUCAACCAGCCUCAAGUCUUAUCGAUGACAAGAAAAGUACACCAGAGAAGGCAGACUCCCCACCCGCUGAGCAGCAAUCCCCAUCUGUGAGCGAGAAGCGAAUUACACCCAAGCUGAACAGAAGCAGCGGCUCACGAGCCAUAGCCCAGGCUCAGAAGUUCGAGGCUUUGGCAGCAGCUCAAAAGCCUGAUUCCAAUGUUCGAAGGCGAUCAAACGAACGUGGAUCUCGUGCUAAUAGUACUACUUCUUCCGUGUACUCCAACGAAGGCGAGUCACUGAGCACGCCUGGGGCUAGCGUACAGCCUCAAGCCUCUCCAACACCGGCACCUUUAGCGCUGGCAAUCUCGAAAGCAAAUCAAGCGAAAGCACUGGCAGCACGGUCGCAACCAUCCGGCCAUAUCGGGAGCUCAAACUACGGCAAGCUCAAAGCCGAUCAUAUCUCUACCACGUCGACCAAAUCCUUCCAGGUCAAGUCCCAGUCCAAGUGCGACCUCACAAAGAUCGACUUCCCGACAAGCAACACAAACGUCUAG